AUGGGGGCCUGCUCUGCAUGCAGAGCUGUGGAAGAACCUCGAGGAAGCCCCCGGGGGCCGCCGCUGCCAGCAGCGACGCCUCCCGAGCCGCUCGCAGGGCGCGCGCAGAGGGCGCCUUUGUUCCGCGAGGCGGUCGCCCUGCUCGGCGGCGCGUCGCCAAAGGCCAAGGAGCGCCGGCUCGGCCGCAUCCAGCGGCGGGGCCUGGUGUCUCCUUCCGACCCCUCCGCAGGAGUGGUGCCCUUCGAGGAGGUGUGGAGCCGCAGCUACUGCCGGGCCCGGGAGACCCUGGUGGACGUCCUGCAGGAGUUUCCGCACGAGGCGGAGCACAUCUUCAAGCCGCCCUGUGUCCCCCUCUGGCGGUGCGCCGGGUGCUGCGGAGACGAGAGCCUGGAGUGCACCCCCACGGAGACCCGCACGGUCGAGCUGCAGGUGGUGCGGGUCAGCCCCCCGCUGGGCACGACUCUGCAGGAAGAGAUGAAGUUCACGGAGCACACGCGAUGUGCUUGCCGGCCUCGCCGAAAACGCUUGAAAAGCGAGAGGAGCCAGCGGGUAGCAGCCAAAAGGAGACCUCGGCAGCCAAGCCUCGAGCCGUCCGCACCUGUCAGCUGCAAACUUCCUGACCUGGGGAAGGAAGAUGCUCCGGAGGAAGACCGGGCGGAUGCGCCGGCCGAGACCCAGGCUGUGCCCCCGCUGAGAAGAGCUGCCCCCCUCUGAUGCCGGAGCAGGGCAGCGGCGGACGGGCGAGUGGAACAACUGAGCGCUGCGAAGAGCCAGCCGCCCCCUGCAGCACCCGGCCCGUGGCUCCUCUGUGGCCUUGUGGACACGGAGGGCGUGGGGGGCACUCCUGCUCUGUGGGGGCCAGUGGCUGGUGGCACCUUGCUGCCCUCCAAGGGGCAUUGCUCACUGCCCCCUCCCCCCGCCCGGGGAAAGCGCCCCCCCUCCCUCCCUCCUCCGGUGGUGGCAGCCAUCGUGCCCCAAAAAGGCCUUGGCAACCCUCCCAGGACAGCGCUUCGCCUCUCGUUUCGGGUGCGCCCCCCUGAUGCCUCACGCCCAUGCCUGUUUGAUGGACUCAUGCGUGUGCGUGCAGGUGUGAAGUCGUGCUUUAUAUGCUGCGCCAUCAGGGAAGCCCAGCAAUUAAUUUUUAAAAUAGAGAACAAUGUGGGUUGGCCUGUUUGGAAGCCAGGCAGGGCUGCUCCUGAAUCCCAAGAGCGGGAGUGAAGUCUGACUGCCGGGAGAUGAGAAGGGAAGGGCACUCUGCAUCGGCCCAGUGGCACUGGCGCCACCUUGGCUAUCACGUGUGCCUCCUCAUGGACUGCUCGCUUCACUUUCUUUCUUGUCCUCCCGGGCCCUCCGCGGGCCCUCCGCUUCCCCAGCAAAACGCUGCAGUGCCUUUCCCGCACCACGACACAGUAGCCUGCCCUCUAAGGUGCCUUGGAGUUAAUUAAACCAUGCUAGAGUGCGCUGGA